UCCAUUAUUAAUCUUCUCCACCGUACUAGCUUCCUCAUCCCCAUCCUCAUCCUCAUCCUCAUCCUCAUCCUCUCAGCCCUCGUCGACCCUUUUGAGGGCGACGGUGGGAUUAGAAGAGAAAACAGAAAUGGCGCCGCCAUCGAAAACGCAUCAGCUCCUGGAGAUCAACAUCAUCUCGGCCCAGGAUCUCGAGCUGGUGUCGAAAUCCAUGAAGACGUACGCCAUGGCGUGGAUGAACCCGAAGCGAAAGCUCACGUCGCGCGUGGACGAACUUGGCAAGAAUAAUCCUACGUGGAAUGAGAAGUUUGUGUUUAGGGUGGAGGAGGAGUUUCUCAAGCAGGACAACUCUGCAAUCAUGAUCGAAAUCUAUUCCAACAAUUGGUUCCGUGACGUCCUCGUUGGCACUGUCCGCUGCCUCGUCGGAAAUCUCAUCCCUCAGACCGGCCGCUCUCACAAUGGCCAGCCUUACAUUGGCAUGCGCUUUGUUGCUCUUCAGAUACGUCGCCCAUCAGGGCGGCCACAGGGUAUCCUGAACAUUGGAGUGGCGUUACUGGAUAGCUCAAUGAGAAGCAUGCCGUUAUACACGCAACCUGCCAUGUCGGCCGUGGGCUACCAAGACCUGAUGGAGGAUCCGGAGUUGCUUGAAGAUUAUUCCGAUGAUGGGGUUACACUGCGCAGGACAAGAAGCGAACGCAGCGAGAUGACAGGGUUCGGCAAUUUCUCUCCCGGUAGCUCCAUCAUCAUAGUGAAGCCCAAAAUCGAAACUAAAGAGGCCUCGAUUUUGAGCAUCACAGAGUGCAUGGUUCCCGUUGAGAGCGUACGCAAGGUCGGCAAGGCCAGCUCCGUCAUCUGUGGCGCAGAGCUCAGAGACGACAGGCGAAGACCCGUCUCCACCAAAACCAAGGCCAGCUCAGUCGUCAGCUAUUCCGUCAAGAGCUUAAAAAAAGCCGAAUCUAUUUCAACGAAAUAUAAUUCAACGAAACACGUCGACGUCAAACAGCUAGCGAAAAUGUACGACGCCAACGACGCGAUCGCGCACCUUCCCGCCAACGAAAAACCUAAAGACGACAUUGGUAAAGCAGUUGAGGAUCCCAUCGAGCCACAAGAGCAACAGAUGUUCGUCAGUAUCAACAAGGGCAACGGGGAGUGGUCGGACUCGGAGGUGGGGCCGUCGCCGUCGGAGGUGGCGGCGGUGAUGGCGGAGAGGCGGUAUCCGCUGCAGGACGACAAGGAGAGCUCGGUUUUGGACGGGUGGAGCAUGGACGAGAGCGUGGAAGGGCUCCGGUCGAAGCUCGAGAGGUGGCGGAUGGAGCUGCCGCCGUUGUACGACAACGCCGGCGCGGAUUACUCGUCAAGUAGCUACAAGUCGUCGGCGACGCGGUCUAAGGGGGAUAAAGAUAAAGACGGGAUGUUUACGUGCUUUGGGAAUGUUUUUGGAUAUGAGUGCCAAUGCGUGUGCGGCAAGCCUCCGGGAGAGAAUAACCGGGGCCUGACGUCGCCGGAAUCGUCGCCGGAUAAAUCAUCCAUCUAUUGAAGGAGCGUGAGAAGUUUAUGUGAGCUAGAUGGAACGAUGAGAUAGUUUUGAUCUAGUGUUCAAUCUACUGCAAAUAAUGGUGUUGUUUUUUAUUGUUUCUUUUUUUUUUCAAUUCUAUGUUGUUUUUGUUUCCUUUUGUAUUUUGGCAUUUGAAAUUUUGGUUUUGAAUGGUGGUGAAUGAUUUGAUUCGGAUAUUUUUGAAGCAGAUGUUUUAUGUUAUGUCCAAUUUUAUAUUUUUCUUCGAUGU